AUGUUCGUUUUUCUCGAGCUUGAUGCGCUGCGCCGAACUGAGUUUCUGGAACUUAUGCCCACCGUCCAGAUCGCCGUCAUCAGGCUGGCUGGGCGGCUCGCGCGAUACUCCAGCAGUCUUGGCCGGCGCCGUCCCAGGCGGGAACCGGGCCCACCACUUCUCAUAUAUGGCCUCGCUCGGAAACUGCGGGUUGUGUUCGACCAAGCGCCGGACAAAAGCGCCGCAAUCCACGUGCGCCAGCGAGAGAAGCGCCAACAGCCGCGUGAAGCCGCCCAAGUGCGUUUUCCGCCGCAGAACCUUGAGCUGCGCCCGCACCAAGCAAAACAGGCCUGCCAUGGCAAUCCAGCUCAGCUCCCGAAGCCUGGCGGCGUUUCGGUCGAACAUGUCGCCGCCAAACACCUUUCUGUAGUCCUGCGCGAGCCUCGUGACCAUUUCGAUGGGCGCUUUCACCUGGAGCCCCAUCUCGAGGUCUGUGUCGAAGGGAAACCUCGAGCUUUCGUUGAGGGCAGAAUUGCGGGUGUAGUCCACAAGAAGCAAGUCGGAUUCUUGCUGGGUGUUGACGCGGAUGGCAAUCACGUGCGCGUAGACAUGGCCCGCUGCAUAUGCCAGAAGCUGUUCCACCAGGAGAAGCGCCAUGGUGGUGAUGUUGGUGUGCAUAGAACCUGA